AUGGCGCCUAAGGCAAUCAGAAAAUCCAGCCCUUCUAAAACCACAUUUGCAACUGCCGGAGCUUUUAUCAUGGAUUUUUACAGAAAUCCUACCAAAUGGUAAGAAGCAUAUUAACAUAUUUAUCUCUUCAUAUUGUUUGUGCUGUUCGUUAAUCACAGGCCGGCACGGUACCACGUGCAAUCAAAUUGACCACUUCAGAAAAAAAAAAACAUUCCGUAAUGUUCUUUGUUUGUCACCCCAAAAUUUCUGAAAUUUUGCAAAAGCAUUGUUUUCAGUCUCUCUUGGGGCCAUUUAAACCCCCAAGAGAAACUGAAGAAAAUGCUCAUGCAAAAUUUUGGGAUGACAAACAAAGGGCAUCAUGAUAUGUUAUGGUAUUUUCUGAAGUGGUCAAUUGUGAGUCUCCCUGUGUAUCUUUAAGUUUUCCUGGCAAGUAUGCCAAGUUUUACUUAAUUUUAAUACUCUACUUGUUGUUAAGCAUUUGUCCAUAAGCAGAGCUUGGAAAAGCAAAUUCAAACACAAAACUACGCAAAUCAGAAAUUUUUACCCUUGUCAAGCACACGACCAUGAUGCAUGAAGGCAUACAUUUCAUUGCUUCUUCCUCUUGUUAAUUAUAAACAAAAUAUAGGUUUGAUUUUAGUUCUACUUUUGUCAUUAUUUCACCAGUAGAUGUAACAGCUUGCCUUAUAAAAGCCUGUUCUCAGACCCCCUAUUUUUUCUUUAAUUUUCACCAAGCUUCUGUAUAAAAAAAAACACAAGAAACUUUUUGACCGCUAGGCUGCGCAGGGGGGUAAAAUGCAAAAUAAGUGACAGAAUUUGCUGAGACACUUUGUCAUAAGGGGCCUUUCUGACAUUUCCCUUCCCGCAUAUAUCCCCUCCAUGCAAUGUUGUGCUGCUGUUCAAACUAUCAAGUUUUAAUUUUAUUUCGGUAUUUUAAAUGAAAGCCUGCCACCUUUGAAAAACAAACACCCCAUUUUUGAAUGGAUGGAAGGGAGGAGUGGUGUGGACUGUUUUUCCUCUCUGUCUCAACAUUUUUGUCGCUGAAUGUGGCCUUAUGAAGCCUACAAAGCAGUUAUUUCACUCAGUGGUUUGUAAGUCAGUUGAUUUUUGUUGUCAUGAGGUCCCCAACAUUAUUACCAUAAUUGGUUCUUGUUGUAGCCAAUCAAAUGUUCAGUAAUCAAGCCCAAUUGAACUCAAGUUGUUAGACUGACUUUUAUUGGCUUCGGUAAUUGAACAUAUCAAACUCACCAAACCAUCUUUACAAUCUGAGACUAACAUUACAACUUUACAUAAAAAUAAGACCUACGCUACACUUUAUCCUGGAAAUUAAAUCAAUAUUUAUACACAAUAAAUAACAAUUAAAUAAGAGAGAGAAGGAUGGAGGAUAAACUCAAUUUAGAGAACAUUUAAAUUACGUUUAAAUGUGAUUUGAUUUUUCCCAUUUUUUGUUAUGGUAUUCUACCUUAUUCCUCAUAAAUGUUAUGGUAUUCUACCUUAUUCCUCAUAAAUGCUAUUCUACCUUCUAUAUUGUGCAUUGCUUCAAUUUUUUGUUGCUUUUUUAGACCCGUAUUACUGGUUUAAACUUUUUUUUUACAGGGAUUAAUAUAAAACUUUGCCACUAGAAUAAGGUGAUUUACAAUGACAAAAUCUUCUCUUGCAUUAAAUAUUACCAAAUAGAACAUUGACAUCCGACAAAGGUUCUAAUUUGAUAUUUACAUUCAAUAAGCCAAGAACAGAGAGCUACCCAAAAAGGUUCUUGUUAUUCUCAAUUGUAAAAAAGAUGCUGAGGGGAUUCAAUCUUGUUUUUGCGAAAGGUACAUUAUUGUGGCAAAUCAAUCAUCUUAAAUCUUGAGUAACUUUUCAUUCAUGAAAACAAUGUUGUUCAGAACCUUACAUUGGAAUUCUCUAGUUUUUUUUUUUGAUCAAACUGGACAUCAGGAAAUUGAUCCUGAAACCUCUUUUGAGCAAAUGGAGGAGUUUGUUUCACCAUUUUUAAUGCCUUGUAAAGAGAUUUUGAUGUGACAGAAGACAGGUCGACAUCGGUGUCAUCAAUUUUAAGGUGAAUUGUGUUCCUCAAUUCAGGACAGGUGUAAAUGAGUACUUUGUUUAACAUGUUUUCUCCAUUUAACUGGUAUCUCGUACAUAAGACCUAUUAACUUACGACGGUCAAUUGGAGAGAGGUCCCUGUUAACCCUUCUAAAGAAAAGAUUGCCUACAGUUUAAAAGUCUUCCUCCAAGAGAUGCUUUUUAAAAACAGAUUACUUCUUGAUGUUUAUGUGUUUAUUGUUCCAAAUUACUUGGUUUGUGAUGUCCUCAUGUGAAAAAAUGUUUUAUUUGUCUCCUUACCGAUCGCCUCUCUAUCAAUAAUUUCAAUCAAACGAGAGAUUUUUACUUUGGUGAUCACAGUUAUUAAUAUUUGUAUAGCAGAAUAAAAUGAGACAAAAAAUAAAAAAUUAAAAAUGUAAGCUUUUUCAGCAUUAAUUCUUCAAAACAGGUGCUCCAGAGAAACUUCUUUGCAAAAGAAUGUCAAAGUAUCACUAUCACAGUGACUGUUAUGGUAAUCAACCCAUGUGGUUUUUAUAAUACUUUUUACUCUCCAGAUAGGGUAACACUUUUGACCAAAAUACACCAAAUAUACAUUACUGGUCAAUAUAGGCUCUUGACCAAAUAGACACCGAUUUACAGGUCUUCUGUCAAGAGCUGACAGGUCCUCCUGCUCUUCAUGGUCUUUCUGACCACACAACUGUCAUAGUCAAGUCCGAAUCUCGUCAGGGAACCAAGUCUCAGACUAGAAAACCAAUCGUGACCUGGGACAAGAGAUAUAAUUCUGUUUCAAGUUUUGGUCGUUUUCUGAUGGAUGUCCCAUGGGAGAGUGUACCUGAUGUGAUGGAUCCUGCAAUAAAAAGCUCUCUGCUAUUGCAAGUAUUAUCAAUGUUUCUCUCAACACAAUUAUGCCUGAGCACUCUGUCAAAAUCCACCACACAAACAGGUCCUGGCUCAACUCUGAUCUGAAGUGCUUGAUUUAUGAGAGACGGAAGUCAUUUGCUUCUGGUAAUACACCUUAGGAGUAUAGAAGGGAUCAAAAUGUGUAGACUGUUUUGUGAGCUCCUGGCCUGCAAACUUGCAUUGCUUGCCCUCCAGCUACUAGUGCAAAAAAGUCAACUCACUUGUGACCCCCUCCCUACUACUCGGGGGCAGGAAAAAAAGACAGCACUGGGGCGGCACAACCCCAGACUGGCGGCAAACUUCUCUUCUCAUGGAUGAUUUCACCAAUGAUUAUUUCCUCUGGGUUGGCCGCCAUUAAAAACAGCACACCCUGGCAGAAAUAAAUCAACAGCAGUGGUGCAGCCCACCUUGGAACAUGGCUGUAGCACAGCCAGGAUAAGGGCUGUGAGCAGGCGGUCACAUCUUUUGUGAUGGUAACAUAGUUCAAGAUGGUGGCUUCUUUUGCGAUGGUGACAUCCUUUGCAGUGGUGACAUUGUUUGCAGUGGCAUGAUCAAGUGCACUGGUCAAAUACUUUGUGUUGGCAGCAUCUUUUGUGCUGGUGACAUCAUUUGCAAUAAUGAGAUUAUUUGCAAUGGGCAAGUCUUGUGUGUUGGUCAAAUCAUUUGCAAUGGUCACAUCGAUUGUGCUGGUGACAUCUUUUGUGAUCAUCAGCAAGUUGGUUGCGAUGGCGACAUUGAUUGCAGUCAUGAUGUCAUUUGUGCUGUUGGCGAGAACAUCUUUAGAACCUCUGACUUGAUAGGUUCUUGUUGGCCCGAAGCUCUAUUAUUUCAGAGUUGGGGUUCAUUGUUAGUUUUCUUUGGGUUAGGGCUAUCUAUUGUUUUCUAAACCAAUCCUGUGAGCCGUUCUUAGAGCUUCCAGCCCAUCCCAUUUGUGAUGGUGAUAUCAACUGCGAUGGAUACAUCGCCUGUGAUAAAGCAGUUGUUUGAGAUGGAUACAUCAACCACGAUUGGGGACAUUGAAAUUCACCCCUUAUAAAAACCGCCAGGGAUCUUGAGCAGCCAAUUAGAGAUUGGAAAAAUUUAUGCAUAAUCACAAUGGCCUCACAGGAUGAUCUCAUCAACCUACAGGGCGAUUUUAAAUUCACAAUGUACGAUUAUCUAGGGUUACUUCUACAGGAUAGGGAUGCAGAACCAUCUGUUCAAACCAAUUGCUGCGUCCAGUCCAUGGAUCCUUAGCAACCAAUUAGAGAUUGGUAAAAUGUAUGCGUAAUCAUGGUUACACUCUGAGUGGUGCUUUUGAAUUCAUGAUGGACAAUUUUGUGGGGUGGCUUCUGCAGGACAGGGAUGCAGAACCAUCUCUUCAAAUUAUUUUGGAUUAACUGAUUGCCUGGAAAACAAAGUGCAGCCUUUUGAAUCCGUUUCCUUCACAGGUAUAUCAGCCAAAGCGGCCCAUGAGAACCAAAAAAAGUUGAAACAUCAAACCCAUGAGGGGGUUGGAAAGAUUUAACCCCUUUCAUUCGAUGAAUUAUGAACAAUCUCAAUUGGUGCCAACAAAGUGGAUUGACAUUUUGGAAGGACGUGCAGAAGAGCCACCACCACAUUUUUUAUGAAGUCUUGAUUGCAGUAUUUUCGCAGGAUGUUGAAGAGAACAGAGGCAGAAGAAUCACUAAAUGGCACUUCUUCAAAUUUGUGAACAAUGAUUUGACUCCAAGGAUAAUUUGCAGAAAAAAAGGGUGAGAAAUUGAUUUGUGGUCAAAAACAGUUAAUGCCUAUCAGCUUCGGAACAUGAAAACAGAGGAAAUAUUUUUCAGAACAAAAGAAGCCCCUGGUUUGACAGAAUGUUAGAAGCAAGAGACUGGUUGGAUGAACGAGAAGAAAAACGUCUCCAGAGGGAAAACAUAGAGCGCUCAACCGCGAAAAUGGGUUUUUGAGGAGAACCUCGUGGUUGAGGUAAAAAUUGUGGACUGGCAAGUUGCAUAUUGAGCGGCGCUGUUGCCAGAUUUGCUUUGAAACAAAAAAGAGUUUAUUGGUGCUUGAUUCAUACGCUAACAAGCUUUGUAUUUUUAGAUACACCAAAGUCCAUCAAGGGGUGCAUCGUGUUUUCAACACAAAAAGAACUAGUGAGCAAAGAACUAGUGAGCAAGCAAGCUUUUUCGACGAGCGUCCAGUUUAAGGUUGGAUCCACAAAGGGCACUGUUCUUUUAUAGAAUGUCAUUUCCAGCAGGGGAUUGCGGGGUAUGAGGUUGACACCAAAGGAAUCUUUGUGUUGAAAUAUCUUCCUUCAAGCUUUGACAAAAUUGGGAUGUCCAAGGUGAACAUUGGAAUCUAUGAAGAGCACGCUUUCUUGUUCACAAAUCUCAAUAGAAUUACAAAAAGUUAUGCAUGUGAAGAAUGUCAAGCUAGAUUCACAAAAGCGUGCCAUCCGUAGUGACAUCCAGAGAUUUACUCAUGAGAGGAGCCACAAAGGGGGUGUGCCAAGGACGAGAAGAAGGAGAAGCUUUCAUGGACAUGGAGCGUAUGCCGGAAAGGCGGUCUUCUGGUUGGAAGGCGUGACAGCUUGGUGUGCCUAUUCAUCAUCAAACAUGUGGCCACAGUGGGGAAAGAAAAAUUGCUGGGCAUACAGUGGAUAGGUUUAGUCAAGAAACAAACAAGGUGUUUCAGUUUCAUGGCUGUCAUCAGCAUGGGUGUCCAAGGUGUUCUCCUGCCCCGAAACAGCAAAAGGAAGUGGUUGCUUUCGAAAAAAUAAAGAAAGGCCAUAGAAAGCUGACAAGAGAGAUGCAGUUUGCACGAACGUUGCAAAGAAGACAAGUGAUCCUAGACAAGGGUUUCAGAAAACGGAAACUUUCUGACAUGCCUUCGUGCUUGAUUCAAGACUGUGCAGGACAUUAGCAAACACAGGCAGUUGACAAAGAACCUGUUGUUUGAAAACAAGCACGUACCAGUGUCCGUCUCGUUGGCAGACACUUUGGAUAGAGAGCCAGAGCACAUCAGCAGCAAAGAUCCCAAAGAACUGAUCCAGAGAUUCUGGGAGGUGCUAGAACGAAAGGCCUUGACCAUCCGAGAAGAAAUGCGGCGAUACAUCCCAGAAGAUUUCAAAUUUCCUUUGGAUCAGCAACAAAAAUGCAUCAGCCAUUGGUGUUUUCAAAUACCAGUUCUGGGUUUCAACUCUGGCCAUUAUGAUUUGAAUCUGAUCAAAAAGCAUUUUGUGACCCAAGUCACACAAGACAGUGAUGUCAAAGUGGCCAACAAAUUGAAAAAUGUACAGCAUCAAGCUGUCCAAAUCGUGCUGCCCCUAUUGUAUGAGGACUUGUAAACACAGAACUUGAAAAUCGACCUUCAUCACACUUGACUAACACAGCACUCCAGACUCGAGGGAAAAAGCUUAGUUCAUCAAGAGAACUGACUUGGAACUUGUAUACCAUUUGACAUAAGGUUCUAGAAAAUUCUAAAUAGGCGACGUAUUUUAUGAUUUCAGUAUGUAAACAUGCCCUAGUUAAUUAUUCAUGAAUAAUCCAAAAACGUAGAGAACAUUCAAGAAAGUCACACAACACAUGAAAGCAAUUGUACUACGUUAACACUCAACAAAGACAAAACGUCUUUGUGCAGCAUUUUGUAACUUUAAAUUCAUCAUACAUCAGUUCAAAAAGAGCUCUCACUCAUGAAAUGUUUUUCAACACUCGAUGAGAAAUUUUGUGUCUCUGCGUGGCCAUGUAAUAUCCCCUAUUUAUUCCUCGAGUAAAUUAAAGGCUAAACUCGAAUUGAUCUCAAGAUAUCACGAAGUAGUUCAGUCUUAUUUCGUGAAAUAGCCAAAACAAGCCAAAAAAUCACGAACUUGGGCACCCAAUCUUGUCCCGAAACUAGUGCAUUUUUCAAAUUCCGAACCACCUCGGGUCACAGUAGCGCAAUCGGCUAAUCCCUAAACUUAGAGUCUCCUCUGAUCUUACGGGUCACACAGGUGAGUCCAGCCUCGUGCCAAGGCCUGUUUGCGCUAUCCGAGUUACCAGAGGAGGCUUGGAACCGAGUGCCUUGGCGAAUUUUCCCAACAAGCUUGACAGGUGGCGUCACAUCUGAAAUCGCCGAGAACCACUGGGAAUGAGGCUGAGGAGAGUCGGUUCAAACCUUGGGAAAGCAAAAAUAGUAAUGAUUUCUUCCUCGAAUAAGUUAGAGAAUAAAUCAAAGAAAUCCAAGUGAUCUCGAGAUAUCUCGAAAAAAUUCGGCGCUCACUUCGAUAAAUACCUGAAUAAAACCAAAAACUUACAGACCUUGCACGCCCAAUCUUGUCCCAAAAAUGUCUACUUUGAUACAUUCCUGAGCAUCGCGAAUCCUUCACUUCGCACUCCUCUGAAGUAAAAACAUGCCUUCACCCUCACCGCCUUUGUGCUUGCCACCAGGGUGAGAAUGAGCACUGUCAUAGGGGAGGUAACAAAUUCCCUGAAAUCGCUGGACAAAGGCAUGGGGAAAGGUCGCCAACAGAUUGGUGAAAAACAGCAUCCCUUUUGCCCAGCCUUAUUGGCUCAAUCGUGAGCUUCAUUUUUACGACAGGGGGCAAGCCAUCUCCUUUCUGGUGGAGCACACUGGGCUAAUGAUUCUUGCCUUAGUCGCCUUAUUAAUGGAUUGGUUCCACAAAUUCAACCCUUAAUGCUUCCAAACAGACCUGGGUUAUAUCAUCGGGGGGUUGGAGAAGCUGGGGAGGAAGAAGUGGGGAUAAUGAGGGGCUCCUUUUUUUUUUUUUUGUUUUCCCAGUUUAAUUGCUUCCUUGUGAAUGGGAUUAGAUAGGUGACUGUUUGGGGGGUUAAUUUUUGAAGGACUGCCUUCCUGGGGGCACAACUUGGCUUUUUUUUUUUUGUUUUUUUUAUUUUACUUUCUGUUUUUAUUUUAUUUUUUUCUUUUUUUUAAUUACCAUUCAAAAGUGUUAAGGCAAUUCGUUCCCUAGCUGCCUUAUUCUCGGGUGGUUUCUUGGAAUUCAAUCCGUAAUGUGUACAACUAGACAGGGGUUGUUCCUUUUGGGGUGUGAUUAAGGUCGGUAGGAUGGAUUGGGUAUAAUGAGGGGCUCCUUUUUUUUUUUUUGUUCUCCCAGUUUCAUUGCUUCCUUGUGAAUGGGAUUAGAUAGGUGACUGUUUGGUGGGUUAAUUUUUGAAGGACUGCCUUCCAUGAGGCGCAACUUCGCUUUUUUUUUUUUGGUUUGUUUACUUCAGCUUGCUGUUGUAUGUAACUGUUCUCUCUGUAUCAAUCACCAUUCAAAAGUGCAUCAGCAAUGCUCCGGCGUGCUGCCAAAUUAAGGUGCACCUUUGCUAUGUGUACAGCCAGCUGAUACCUUUGCAUGCUCUUGGCAAGGUCUGGCUGCCUGAUAGCAUCCUCCAACAAUGUGAGAUACUCGCUGUGCAUUUUUCACCCAACCUCUGUCACCAAGAAUGCUGGUGCACACAUUUACCUGGGCCGCAAGAACACAGUACAUGAAAAGCCUUGAUUGACUGGUUCAAACGUGUGUGAGCCUGUUCGCCUUGUUGUACACAAACCGAUCGAAAUGGCUAUCUGUGCCCAGCUUGUUUCUGAUGAAUCCAAGAAUGUUUUCUUUGUCCUUCCUGCCCCACUCUCUUCUGAAAACGCUGAUUCGAUGGGUUUAAUAACGUGGCUGGUGGAUAGGUCCACUUCUUAAAUGGCCAAGAACUUCUGUCAUUGUAAAAUUACAUAAUCAGAGGAAAUCAGAGAGAUUUCUGCGGCUGGUCAGGGGUUUUGUCGCGCCAGUGCUGUCGAUUAGUUUCCUGCCCCCAAGCAGUAGAGAGGAGGGUCACAAAUAUGUAGACUAUUUUGCGCUUGUGGCCGGAGGUGGUGCAUCUCGAGCCCGAGGGCUGCAAGUUUACAGAAAAGUCUUUUUCAUCUCUUGUCAGCAUGCUAUUGUUUGUAAUAUUUUAAACUAAACUAAAACUCCCACCAACAUAUAUUGAAACAAGCUGUAUUGUGUAAAUUUUACGUAAUUAAUUAUUCUCUAAAAUUUUGCAACAUUUUGCAUUCCAGUAGUGAACACCUAUUGCUUUUCUCUUUAGCAAUGUCUGUUUGCCUACGCCCACCUGGAAAUCAGCUUUCGUUGUGUGUGGCUAGUGUAGUUAAAUAAAUUUGUUGUUGUUGCAAGCAUGAAGGGGUGAAACAUAGUUAUUACCUGAUGAUUCUGUGUGAUCCUUGUCGAAGCAAAUCAAGCUUUCUUUUGGUAUACUUGAACCAGUUUAAACAGGGCUGUAGUAAUAAAACAAUGCACUAUCUCUGAAGUCUUAAACCAGUUUAUUACAAUUGUCAAUGCUGCUCUCAGAUUUGAGCGCUCUCUGAAAUACAUUCAACUCAAGUUCAAGAAUUUAUACAUGUAAUACAUGUAUAUGUAUUUAUCUUUAAGUACUUUUUUAUAUGUGCACAGACUACAGUGAUGUCUACUUGGGAAUCCCUGUGAAAGCAAUUAUCAAGCACACACUUUUUAUUGUUUUCCUUGUUGUAGGCAACUUGUAAAGCACACCACAAUUUUUAUUGUUGCUGUCCUAGCAGCCAGGGAAUUUUCUGAUAUUGACCUCAUGGCUCCUCCUCCUGCUCCUUAA